AUGAUGACGGCCAUACACACGAAAGAUAAAGACAUGGAGACUAAGAUGCAGGUAGAUGAGUCGGUGGUUGGCAAUAACGAGAUCGAUGAAUCGCUUUACAGCAGACAACUUUACGUUUUAGGACAUGAGGCCAUGAAGCGUAUGGGUGCUUCGAAUGUGCUGAUUGUGGGACUCAAGGGACUCGGUGUCGAGAUUGCGAAGAACAUUGCUUUGGCAGGUGUCAAAAGUCUUACCCUCUAUGAUCCUGCGCCCGCCGCCAUCUCCGACCUUUCAUCUCAAUUCUUUCUACAUCCUGAAGAUGUGGGAAAGCCAAGAGCGGAAGUGACCGCACCACGCGUUGCUGAGCUAAACGCAUAUACACCGGUUUCCGUCCACAAGUCAUCCAGCUUAACAGAGGAACUCACUCAAUUCGAUCGAUACCAAGUCGUUGUCCUGACCAAUACUCCCCUCAAGGACCAAAUCAUAAUUGGUGAUUAUUUACAUAGCAAGGGAAUCUACCUGGUAGUUGCGGAUACAUUUGGUCUCUUUGGAUCAAUCUUUUGCGACUUUGGUGAUAAGUUCACUGUUCUUGAUCCCACAGGCGAAGCUCCAGUCAGUGGCAUUGUUGCUGGAAUCAACGAGGAAGGUUUAGUAUCAGCCUUGGAUGAAACACGACACGGCCUUGAGGAUGGGGAUUACGUUACUUUCACCGAGUUGGAAGGGCUAGAAGCUUUGAACGGCGCAGAGCCUCGAAAGGUAACAGUAAAGGGGCCAUACACUUUCUCUAUCGGAGAUGUUACUGGACUUGGUCAAUACAAGAAGGGUGGAAUGUACCAACAGGUCAAAAUGCCAAAGUUCAUUGACUUCAAGCCAUUGUCCGCUGCUUUGAAGGACCCAGAACAUCUUAUUUCCGACUACGCAAAAUUCGAUCGUCCUCAGCAGCUCCAUGUCGGUUUCCAGGCUCUUCAUGGUUUCCAAGAAUCUCAAGGUCGUCUUCCAAAACCGAUGAAUAAGGAAGACUCCCUAGUCAUUGUCGAGUCUGCUAAGACCUUUAUCAAAAAUCAAAAGCUGGAUAUUGAAGUGGAUGAGAAGUUGAUCGCCGAGUUAAGUUACCAAGCUCAAGGUGAUUUGAACCCAAUGGCAGCUUUCUUCGGUGGUCUCGCCGCUCAAGAAGUGUUGAAGGCUGUUUCUGGGAAAUUCCACCCAAUCAAUCAAUGGAUGUACUUCGACUCUUUGGAGUCCCUUCCUACCAGUUUCAAACGGACCGAGGAAACAUGCAAACCCCUCAAUUCUCGAUACGAUGGUCAAAUUGUUGUAUUUGGUCAAGAAUACCAAGAAAAGCUUUCCAACAUCACCCAGUUCUUGGUUGGUGCCGGUGCUAUUGGUUGCGAAAUGUUGAAGAAUUGGGCCAUGAUUGGUUUAGCCACAGGCCCAAAGGGUAAGAUCUUUGUCACUGAUAUGGAUUCGAUCGAAAAGAGCAAUCUCAACCGUCAAUUCCUCUUCAGACCUAAAGAUGUUGGCAAGUUGAAGAGUGAUUGUGCUGCUGAGGCAGUACAAGCAAUGAAUCCUGAUCUUAAAGGUCAUAUUGUUACCAUGCGUGAUCGAGUUGGUCAAGAUACCGAACAUAUUUUCAACGAGCAAUUCUGGUACCAACUUGAUGGCGUUACUAACGCUCUCGACAAUGUUGAUGCGCGAACUUACGUUGAUCGUCGUUGUGUCUUUUUCCGAAAGCCUUUGUUGGAGAGUGGAACCCUUGGUACUAAGUGUAACACACAGGUUGUUCUCCCUCAUCUGACCGAGUCAUAUUCCAGCUCUCAAGAUCCUCCCGAGCAAUCUUUCCCAAUGUGUACACUUCGAAGUUUCCCUAACAAGAUUGAACAUACCAUUGCUUGGUCUCGAGAAUUGUUCGAAUCAUACUUUGUCAAGCCAGCAGAAACAGUCAAUUUAUACCUCACUCAGCCAGACUACCUCGAAAAAACCUUGAAACAGGGUGGCCAAGAAAAAGCAACCCUAGAAACGAUUCUAGAUUUCUUAGUUGAGGAUAAGCCAUUGUCUGUUGAGGACUGUAUCAAGUGGGCUCGUCUACAAUUCGAGAAGCAAUACAAUAAUAACAUUCAACAAUUACUGUACAACUUCCCUAAGGAUUCGACUACAUCAAGCGGUACACCAUUUUGGUCUGGACCAAAACGUGCUCCAGAUCCAUUGAAGUUUGACCCCAAGAAUCAAUAUCAUUGGGAUUUCGUUGUCGCUGGUGCUAGCCUUCAUGCCUUCAACUAUGGAAUCAACACCACUGGCCUCAACUCAAGCACAAUUCAAAAAGUUCUUGAUAACAUGAUCAUCCCCGAUUUCUCUCCCAGCUCUUCCGUCAAGAUUCAAGCUGAUGACAGUGAACCUGAUCCAAAUGCUGGAAACAGCUCAUUCGAUGACAGCACGGAGCUUCAAAAUCUCAUGGCUAAGCUUCCAUCGCCUAAAUCAUUGGCUGGUUUGAAACUUUCACCAGUAGAGUUUGAGAAGGAUGAUGAUACAAACCACCACAUUGACUUUAUCACCGCUGCUAGUAACUUGCGUGCCGAGAAUUACAAGAUUGAGCUUGCCGAUAGACACAAGACAAAGUUUAUUGCUGGCAAGAUUAUUCCUGCUAUUGCAACCACUACUGCUCUUGCCACGGGAUUGGUAAUCAUGGAAUUUUACAAGAUUAUCGAUGGUAAAGAUGACAUUGAGCAAUACAAGAACGGCUUCGUCAACUUGGCCCUACCUUUCUUUGGAUUCAGUGAACCUAUCGCUAGUCCAAAGGCUACAUACAAAGGUCACACAGGAGAAGUCUCUAUUGACAAACUCUGGGAUCGAUUUGAGGUUGAGGAUAUUACUCUUCAAGAACUCAUCGACGACUUCUCAAAGAACAAGGGUCUCGAUAUCACUAUGUUGAGUUCGGGUGUUAGUCUCUUGUAUGCCAGCUUUUUCCCCAAGGCAAAGUUGGCGGAUCGAUUGAAUUUGAAGCUCAGCGAACUUGUCGAGCUCAUUUCCAAGAAGCCUAUCCCAAGUCAUCAAAAGACGGUGAUCUUCGAAAUUUGUGUUGAAGAUCAAGAUGAAGAAGAUGUAGAAGUUCCUUAUAUUAUGAUGAAGUUGGGCAAUUAA